AUGUUUCACCCAGCAAUGAAGAAAGAGGAUAUUGAGUCAAGCGUAGCACCUCUACUAGGAGCAGGUGGCGGUAGCAAAGCUUCAUAUGAUGUUGCGUCACAUUCCCGCGGCACACAAUCACACUUCAAGGACGAUGCAUCACACCUCGGAAGCAUUUACCCAUCACGCAUGUUCCAUUUUAUUGCCGAGGACGAGCUUGGCCAGUCACUCAUGAAAGACGAGCUCGGAGCAACGACAGACGUCGCUAGCAAGGCUGUUGGACUGCAGGUCAAAGCAUGGAUCUACAACUGCAACGAACAUCAUGAAAAUUGCAUGAAGGCCUCCAAAACCACUUGGGUGCCCACUCGCCUUCUUGACCUAGUGUUUGGCGAUGAAAGUUCUAUCAGGCUUGUGAAUGCCAAAGAAGAAGGUGUACAAGGUCCGUAUGUCACUCUGAGUCAUUGCUGGGGUCCCAAUCCAAAGUUCUUGACUACGACGCGUGAGAGGGAAAAGUUGCAUAUGACUAAAGGCAUCAAAAUUUCCGACCUUAAAUCGACCAAUUUCGAGGAAGCCAUUAGCGUCGCAAGGCAUCUCGGCAUCCGAUACAUCUGGAUAGACUCGCUCUGUAUCAUACAAGGUCUCAACGGAGAUUUUCAAGCUGAGGGCCAGCUCAUGCACAAGGUGUAUCGGAACUCAUACUGCAAUUUAGCAGCCGCUGAUUCCAAGGACAGUCACGGCGGACUAUUCAGGAAGAGACAGUCUUCAGAUGUACUCCCCGGAGGGUACGAGGGUGACGGGUCUUCGCCAAUUUUUGGGACGACAGCUUGGAGAAUCAUGCCAGAUAAUCUAUGGGAUGCUGAACUGCUCGACACGGAAAUUUACAAGAGGGGAUGGGUGUUUCAGGGCCUACCGCUUAUGCUCGACGAUGCAGCAUCCACCGAUCGGCACUGGCGUGGUCGCCUUCAGGAGUCGUCAUCAUUGGUACACGCUCCACUUGCAGGUGUCAACACCGACUCCCUUGGAGAGUUUUGGUCAUCUGCUGUGCUGAGCUAUACGCAGUGCGAUCUGACCGACCAAGUUGAUAAGACGCGGGCGAUUUGGAGCAUCGCAAAGCUUGUGCGUGAUGCUUGGGGGGAUGACUAUGGAGUAGGUCAUGAUGAGAAGGAUAUCCGUUUUGUUAUCAAGGGUGCAGCGAAGCCAGUCUUUGGUAGGAUACCCUCUGACUCAAUUAAGAAAGAUAUGCAGCUCGGGUGGGACAAGUGGCAGAAGGAGACUACGAGAAGACUGAACAGCUCUUCCGGUGCACGAGCGAACCCUACCCAGGAACGGAGCCAGUCAGCCCCUGUUGUCCCCAAGCAGGACAUUGGAAUCGCAAAUAAAAGCGUGAAAGACGAACCUGCUGCAGUGGCCGAUCCAAGAGACCUUGAACCCGAACUCAUAAGCAAUUCCAUCAAAAUCAAAGCACCAAUCACUCCAGGUACACUAUACUACGACGAUGAAACUGGUAACUAUAAUAUCUUGGCGAAAUCCUACGAUGGCUCUAAGCUUGGCGAGACUUUUGCCUCCAACGAGGAUAAUCUCGUCGGAAAAGCCGAUUCAUCAGCAUCAGCGCCUUCAGUAAUCUUAUUCAUGGCCUAUCCAGACGUGACUCCGUCCUCCUUUGACCUUGCACCUAAUUACUCUCAUGUCAUCAUCCUGAGAGCCAAAUCGCACACCAUCCAGAAAGCGAGCUCUGGCCUGGGUAUCGGCUUCGAAGAGCAAGCUUACGGUUCAGACAAUGAACCAGAACUUCCGAUAUCCUACUCAGGCACUGGCAUCAUUGUCACGCCUACCGUGGAUUACCGUCGCCAGUACAACCACUUCGCCGAUGACAUUACCCAUUUGGAGAAGAAGAUCACAUCUCUGAAAGAAGACUGGAAGAUUGAGAAUUCGAAAAAGGACCUGGAGGGGUUGAAGGCAUGGAUCGAGGAUUUGGGGCGCGAGGGACACUGGCGGAGGACAGGUAUGGUGGAGUUCAAAGACUGGAGUGAGAAGGAUUGGGAAAGCGUCAUGGGAAGGCAGAUAUGGGAUGUGAUGCGCGCGCAGUCAAGUCCACGAGAGGAAAACGAUGGGGGAGAGGCAGUCUAUCCGAUGGGGUGGGGCACGGAGUUCUGGCUCGAUUGA